GAGAAGAGACCGCAAAAGAGUUCAACGAGCCUAUCGUCUAACUUUGGAGGAGACAGAUAUUCGAAUUUCAGAGUCUAAAGAUGGAUCCCGAUAGUGUGCGCAUAACUAUCGAAGAUAAUGAAAUCUGGGAGCAGAGAAAGACCAGAUUGAAAGCACUAGAGCCGGGAAACGAACCACACACCCAAGUAGAAUUCAGUUAUUUGACCAAAAAAAAAAGAGUAGAACUCAAUUGUCGUGUUUAUCCGCUGCUACAAGCCGCCACGAAAAAAGGCGACGUCGACGAGUUCAUCGAAGCCCUCGAAAAGUAUUCGGCAGAAGAGAGGGUCUCUUUGUCCGACAUUAUCGGCAUACAGGGCCCUUCCGGGAACUCAUUGCUCCACGUCGCAGCGGGUAUCGAGAACACCGACAUCCUUCGAGCCCUUCUUGAGGUCAUCCACGACAAGCAGCUCGCCACCGUGUGCAACUACCAGAAGGACACCCCGCUUCACGUCGCGGCAAGAGCUGGCAGGAUCCACACGGCCAAGCUCCUCCACGGCUGCGGUAUGAUUGUGGCCAUGGUGAACGACGCGGGAAACACCGCGUUGCAUGAGGCUGUGAAGAACGGUCACUACGAUUUGACCAGUAUGCUCCUGUCUGAACGCCCAUCAUUGGUGUAUAAGAAGAACAAGGAGAGCAAGUCCCCGCUGUACUUGGCAGUCGAGAUGGGGGACUUGAUGAUUCUCAGGCUUUUGAUGGCAGCGAUGCAAGAGCAUGAACUCCUUCCGUCCCUGAUGGAAGGCAUGUCGCCGGUUCACGGAGCCGUGAUUUACCGAAGGAUAGUUCUGCUGAAAGAGAUGUUAAGGCGGCAGAAAGAGCUAGCUUAUUUAAGAGAUGCUGGAGAUCGUACUCCCCUCCAUUUUGCAGCAUACGCUAAUUACGUCUCGGGAGUCAAAUUUUUGGUCAAAGAGUUCUCUUGGAGCGCAUUUGAGGGCGACGAUCAGGGCUAUCUUCCGAUCCACGUCGCAUGUAAAAUGGGUCAUCUCGAAACAAUCAAGGAGCUGCUUCAACAUUGGCCAAAUCCAGAAGAGUUGGUAAAUUUUGAGGGGCAAAAUAUACUUCACGUUGCGGCAAAAUAUGGAAUGGCCUCGGUAGUGAAGUACAUACUCGGCGAUCCCGAGCUUGAGAAGCUUGUAAAUGCGAAAGACUGGGAAGGAAAUACGCCUCUUCAUGUGGCCACUUUGCAUUGGCAACCCGAGGUUCUGUUCUCUCUCACCCAUAACAACAAAGUCAAUCUGGAGCUUAAAAACAACAGCAACUUGACUGCUCUCGACAUUGUGGAUGAGCAACUGAAAACAGUCGAUGCUCCACUUCGCAAGAGCUUAACACGAAUAAUCUUAGUAUCUGCUGGAGCACCCAUAAGCAAAGACAAAGCAAUUUGCCAGCCAGAAGGCUUAGUUCGGGGGGAAGAUCCAGAGCCUCCACGUUUGGAUAGACUAGAAAAAGCAUCCGAUGCCCGUAUGCUUGCGGCAACUCUCAUUGCCGCUAUGACAUUCGCCGCUGGCCUUUCCGUUCCUGGAGGAUAUAAUGGCUCUGAACCAGAUGCGAGAAUCGCUACGCUGUUGAACAAACCCAUGUACGAUGUCUUCGUGAUCUGCAACACAGUUGCCAUGUACAGCUCGAUAAUUGCAGUUGUGAUCCUUCUUUGGUCGCAGAUCAAUGAUUGGCAUGCAAUGCAUCGUGCCCUUGGAAUGGCAGAGCUACUUCUGCUCAUAGCUCUUGCCACAAUGUCCGUGGCCUUCAUGACAGGGGUCUACGUGACCAUAAGCAAACGCACUUGCAUCGCUGUUGUCGCCAUGAUCGUCGGAAUGACUGCCCUCUUCAUUAUCUCGAGUCUUUACAUUGCCAUGUUCUUUCCGCUUGGUUAUAGUUCUCCUCUUAUCCGGCCCUUCACCAACUGCAUCAUUAGAGCUGGUGUAUUAAUUUCAAGAAGUGGGACAAAAGGAAGGGCAGACAAUAAGCCGGGGCUGCCUGAGGACGCUCUCAGAUCCUCUGGGCUUGUGUUUACAGAAAAGGCAGAAGAAACGACGAUGAUGAAAAGUCGCGACCCUGAGCAAGACUUUGAGAGCAGAACUCGUUGGAGGAAGAGAAGAAAAAGGGGACUGAAAAACUGAGCGAACGUAAAAAAUAAAAUUUGGCGUAUCCAUGCAGAGAUUUCAUGCUCUACUGUAAAAAACAUGAGUCGUGGGACUAGUAUUGGGUGUGAUAACAAAUUCCAUUUCCAUAUAAAUUUUACUUCUCCUUUUCUAUGAAAUAAAUGAUCUUAAAAAGAUGAACAUUCAAUGAAAACAUGCCACUUUCCUUUA